CGUCACAAUUCCAGCCUGCACUCCUCCGUACCAAGUCGGGAAUAAGAUAAAAUUACAUCUCCCCGCACCACACCAGCACGGCAGAGUCGCGGGAGGCAGCGGAACCCUGCAAACCUGUGAUCGGGAGAUCUAGGAGCGGGCAGCGUAAAGACCACCGUGAGCUCAGUUGAGAGGGCACAUUAGGGGAGCACUGCCGAGGAGGCAGCCAUGGCGCGCUGCCAUCUUGCAGCAGCAGCAGCAGCAGCACUUAUACUCUGCCUGGUUGGGCAAGCAAGCGCGCAGGUGCCUGUGAAUGUGACAGCCUUCGGGGUGACGCCCGUAUUGGUUUACGGGCAGCCUGCCACCUACACGAUUAACCUGGCCACCCCAGUGGGUCAACCCAGCCCCAACGUAGGGAACGCCGUCUUCCAGAACGCCACCAACACUCCGCUAAUUUCAUUCCCCAUCACAGCUGGCCAGGCCGUGUCCGGCUGCACCGGCUCUGGAUGUAUCCUGGCCGUCUCUUUCACCGACGCCGGUACGGCCACCGGAGUGACAUUCGGGGGGAUCCUGCCAGCUGGAGUCUACAACGCCGUCCAAGCCGGAUACACCGGGGGGACCGCCAACGGCGUCACCUUUACCGCAGCCGGCUCGCAGCCGAGCCUGCCGCUCAGCUCCUUCCAAGUGCUGCCGGCGUCCACUGAGUUCGAGACGGCGUUCACCCCCUUCACGCUCGCCAACUUCAGCUCCGCCAUCAGCAUCAACAUCACCAACCUCAACAAGACCAAUGUCGUCCCCGCAGGCGCGGCGUACGCGGCAUUCUACAAGGACCCGGCAGGAGCCAACACGCUGAUCGGCAAUUUCUCGCUCGUUUUCACGUCAGUCAGCAUGCCAUGCUGAGCGCUCUGCCAAUAAUGGGCCAUAAAACCCUCCGGCAAGUUUUCAUUCCGUGGGUUCAAUGAGCUUCGUUGAAACGAGUAUGACCAAGCCACAGCGGAACGUUUGCAGCAGCAUAUGCGCAGAAUAGAGCCACGCAUGUUUGCUUUCUUUGAGUUUCUUCGCAUGCUAUUGAAGGCACAAGUGGCGCAAAAGCACGCUGAAUUGCAGAGUGGAAUGAGUUUGAAUGCAGCAGCUUGC